CUCUCAACACACAAGCUACAUUAACUCAGUUCUACGCGACCCGUCGUCCAAGUUCCUUAAACGUCUAUCUUGGGAUAUGGCCAUACUCGUAGGCCUUUCCCAUUAUAAAUAAGGUCUCAAAGAUGUCAUCACACGUGUAAGGGUUUGAAAAUAUUUUGAGCGAGUACACUUGCACGCUCCAAAUUACAAUAGAAUCAAACAUGGGGUCUAGAGGACGUAAAUUGCCAUAUCGUUGGAGUAUGAAGAAGAAUCAGAAUAACUGAAAAAGAAUGGCCGCAACAGAUGGACAAAUAGUCGUCGCUGCAGCUCGGUGGGCGGAUGAAGCAACUUAUCUACGAGAAUUCGUUAACAAACAUCGACUGCCUGUGGUAAUAAAAAUUACUAAAGGCCAAUAUGGUGGAUUAGGAGUUCCAACAUUACCAGCGCCGAGUUUGCAAAGUAUAGCAUUAUUAGUUUCAGCAGGAAAAAGACGAAAAAUUAUUGCUCAAGCAGUUAAGAUCAAAGAAGGCAGAAGACUUGUUGGAGUUGGUCCACGUAUUGCAAUUCCAGAUUCUUAUGCUGGAUAUUUUGAGAUACUAAGUGAAGAAGGUAGAGCAGUUAGAGGAAUUGAAUCAGUCAAUGAGUUAUCUAGAAAAUGUCCGGAAGAAGGUGCAUUGGUACGUGAAACAAUUCGAGGUAUUGCCUGUAAAAUGGAAGAAUCGGGAAACAUCAUACCAGAGGGAAGUCGAACUUUGACAGCAGGUGAAACAAUUGUAACAGCUGGAGAAGUGACUAUCCCAGGUCGUGGUAGACUCUUACGAUGUGUAGAUAAUCAAGGUGAAAGUAUAUUACUAAGUAUGGAACAAAGAGGACGUUUUAGUGCUUUAGCCAGAGAAGACAAUAUAAGUGGAGUACAUACGGCAAAAGCAUUAUUAAGUAAAAGAUUGCCAUUAACAGUUCGUUUGGUUCAUGGACAACCACCAAGAGGCCUCAAAUCUCCAUCACAAUUUUUACCAGAAUUACGAUUAUUGUCAACAUUUGAAGAAGAACACGUUUUUGCUCUCCCAUUACAACGAGAAGCAGCUGCAGUGUCACUUCCCUUAGCUGCUCCAUUGAAACUUGUUAAAGCAAGAAACGAAGAUGUAUUAAAAUUAAUGCCAGAAUUAACAAGAUUAGUAGAUCGAGCAUCAAAAGUUGUAGCUGAAGUUGCUGAUAGAGCUCAUGUUCUUGAUAAUCGUUUAGGAGAAAAUAAACAAAACCGACAAAAUCGAAAUGCUGGAUUUUUACGAAGAUCAAUAAGUUCAGACAGUGCUAAUUAUUAUCGUCAUCAUCAUCAUCAACAACAACAACAACAACAACAACAGCAACAACAGCACUAUCAUCAUAAUUAUCAUCAUCAAAAUAAUCAUAAUGGAUGUAAAGAUGAAAAUCGUGUGCCACCGUCAUAUACAGAAGAUUAUGAUGAAAUAGAUCAAAUUUAUGAUUAUGUUAGAGGCUUCGCACCAUUACCCAAGAGCAUAAGAUCACCGUAUGAAAGCCCAAUUAUAACUACAACAACAACAACUGCAACUAAUAUUAACAAUAAUAAUAACAAUGAUAAUAUAAAUAAUCAAAAUUCGAGUCCUCCACAAACUCCAGUGACAAUAGCAAUAGUUCCACUUUUAGAUAAUAAACCAGAACCACCGCCUAUUGAAACAAUUCCAACUAAAAAAAUUCAAGCAGAAAAACGUACUCGACGUGCAGUUAAAGAAGCACCUCUCAAAAUUGAAAAAUCACCAUUAGCUAAAUUAUACGUAAAAAAUAGUGGCACACAACGUGGUCGUCCGCUAAUGAGACAAAAGAGUGCAUCUCCAUUGAAAGAGACCUGUCCAGGCUUUAAAGGUGGAUCGCCACUUUUUAAUAUACGUUACAAAAGUCUCACCAAUCUUCAACAGGCAAUGGAACUUGAUGGAACACUUGAUUCCAGUCAUUCUGGUGGUAGAACCUCUGGCGAUUCUGGUACAGGCGUAAAACUCCCAGAAAAAAGAUCGCGACGCUUAAGCAGGCCACGAUCUCUAACAAAUCUGGUAUGGGAGUUACACAGCAAUAAUGUUACUAUGCGUCCAGAAACUCCUCCUCCUGUAGUAGUAACUCCACUUACAUCUACCAAAUGUGGACCCAGAUUAGCAGUUACUGUAGUAGCACCCCGACGCGUCGGCACGCUCUACCUCUAACUCAUUCGGCCGACGAAGGGAUAAUGACGACAAAGAGCAGUCUAAAUAAAAUAUCAUUGGAUCUCUGUCAUCUACAAUUAAUCAAAAUUCACCGUAAAGCUUAGCAAGAUAGAUAAGCUAAAACAAAACCUCACUAUUCAUUUAAACAUUCAUUUAUGAUGGUAAUAAUAAUGAUGGUUAUUAUUAUUUUUUUUUUUUUCAUUUUCAUUACUUAUGUCGUUAUUAUUUAUUAUACCUACUUGUCCAUAAAAGCCAUUUAAACUUUUAACGGAUCAAUCAUAUCAAUUUAAUUAUUAUUUAAUUGAAUGCUCUUUAACAUCAGAUAUAUUUAAGCAAGGUAAAAAAACUAUGCUAGAAUCAAUUUUUUUUUAACAAUGAUUGAAUUUUUUUUAGCUGGUAGCUAAAAUUACUUGAGCAACCAGAAUGCCAUAAUAAUGACCAAUUUUAUUAAUUUUCUUUCGGUUGUAUUUAAGUCAUACUCUUUAUAUUAUAAGACUUGUAGUAUGUUAGAUUUAUGUUAUUCGAUGUAAUCAAGUAUCUCAGAGUAUAUUACAGUUGAUUCAAUGAAUGUCACAAUAACUUUUUUUAUAUAUAUUUUUUUUAAACUAACGGUAAAUACGAAAUUAUAUUUAAUUCAAUUUUUUUUACGUAAAUUCCAUUCUUCCUUUUACAUUAUCUUGCGGCAAAUAUAGAUAAAAAAAAUAAUCAAAUUUACUCGAUAAGUAAAUAAAUAAGAGAUGACAUAUUAUUAGGCCAAUAAAUUAAUGUUAUUAUUAUUAUUAUUAUUAUUAUUAUUAUUAUUAUGAAAUUAAUUGUGAUUAUCAAUAAAAACAAAUACAGUGGGCCAAGAAUUAUAUUACAUCCAAAUGAAUAAAUAGAACUAUAAUGUAUUGUUAUUAAAAGAAAAAAAAAUGUUAUCAGCUUUCUUUUCGCUCAGAUUUACCGAUAGAGGAGAGAAAGAAGGCUGAUUAUCAGGUUGCCUUAAAUAUUUAUUGUAUAUUACUUUUUUUUUUAAUUGUUGAAACAAAACAAAAACUUAUUGAUUUCAAUGUAUUCUUCACGAAUGGCCAUUCCGGUUUCUAGGCCGUAGUCUUUUUUUGUGAUUAUUGAGUAAAAGAACAUGAUUAAGUUAUGGAUUCAUAUAAUAAAUAGUAGACUAUUUCUUCAUGUUUUUUCAAUUAAUUUCUUUGUUAUUACUAAGUUGAUCAUUUUUAAAAAUUAUGACUUAUUAUGUUUUUAUGGUCAGUUAAGUGAUAAAUCAAUUAGAAAUUAUUAAAACAUGACAUUAUAUCGAUAAUUAAAUUAAACCUAAUCAAGUGCUCUUAAUAGAAAAAAAGGAAAUAUUAUAGCAAUAAUAAUAAUAAUAUGAAUGAAAUAUUGAUUUUUAUGUCUUACUAUGAAUGUCAUAACAUAUUUUACCUUUGAUAUUAGGUUAAUACAAUUAAUAUUGAUAAGUUAUGUUAUAUUUUAUAAAAUACAAUGAAAACAUCUUAUAAUACUUAAUUAAUGUUUCAAUGUAAGGAAGACACUCGGUCCCCUUUACGAUGGAACCUUGUACGAUAUAAUCGAAUUGGCGUUUGAGUAAUGUAAGUUUGAUAUUUCGUACAUUGUUGUUCUUAACAAAAAAAACAUAUUAUUUGCUACGAGAAUAUUACUGAACUAUCGUUUUCCUUUUUUUUUCUUUUUUUAUUUAAAAUACUUAUUUUCAAUAUUUCACUUUUCAUUGAUUAUCACGAAAUUUAAUAUUUUAUUUAUUAUUUGUUAUUAUUAUUUUCGUAGCAAAAUGUUUAAACGUAAGGGUUGAGGAUCGUUGUGCCUUCAAAACUGAAUGAUUGUCAAUAUUUUUAACGAUUUAUGGAGUAAAAGUAAAUAUUAUUAUUACUGAAAUGAACAAGAAUUUUGUGAUUUUAAUAAACAAUUAUCUACUUUAUAA